AUGCCCGCUACCGAGACUUCACCCGCCGCGGCCUCUCCCGAGCCCCUCAAAGCACCUUCACACACUCCCGUAUUGCUUGCUGAGUCUGAGCUGGUUCCUUUGCCCUUUCGCAGCCGCGGCGCACAGCCCUUCAAUGCUCAGCCCUCUCGCGUAAAAAUCUACAGGGUAGUCGAGGUGCCAGUCACGCGAGCAACGUCCCGUCCUCCCCGCGUUAACACUGGUAAGAAGCCGCGCGCAUCGCCAUACGAGAGGCCUGCUAGUACGAAGAAGGUUUCCGUCCAAUGGGCGUCCGCUCCGCCAUCCAAUUCUCGUCAACCGUUGCCCGACAGCUCAGGGUCGGCGCCCCCGGCUGGGGAUGACAACAAUCUCAAUGGGCCCACCCUGGAAUUGAUUCCGAAGCCUCUUGGGGAGGCCGGGCGUCCGGGACGUUGCGGCUACAACCUUGGAACCUCACUUAGGGCGAUUGGCUGGCCUGGCGAGGACGUUGACAGGCUGAAGAGCAGCGUAGGUCUUGCAGUUGAGAGGCAUCUUGACAUCACGAUGUGCUAUAUGAAACAACUGCCCGCUGCUCUCAAGAGAGCGUGUGAAGACGCAACUUACGAGAAGAUGUGGCCCAUUGAGGAUGUUAUCAAAGCAAGGCUCAAGUACACGUCCUGCCGUGCGCGCCUAAUUGAUCGCCAGAAGAAGACCUAGGGCACCCGGGAUGCUGUAAGCCUACUCUUCACAAAUCUAUGCUCUGGACCAUAGACAGACUGCUUUGUCCCUCAGCUUGCAUAAAUUAACAUUCUUUGAAUCAUCUUUCACUAUCUCGCUGCCGUAGCUAUCACUACUAGACUAUCGUUACCUCCUGCCCUCAUAAUAAUGCCUGCUGCUUAGUAUGUAUCUCGGCAAUUCAAUGCACUCUGACAUUUCG